AUGGCAGCACCACCACGCUGCACGCUUCACAUCGCUGUUGAUACGGAUCUGGCCGUCAGCUUUGACGGCCUCCUCUGCCUGCCACACGCUGACUCCAACUGCGCUGGUGGGUUCUAUGUGACUCCGUCGGCAGCGCAUACAACGUUGUUUCCGAACCCUCCAUCUCGCACCUGCGUGCAUGGCGUGCGCCAGGUGAACGCCGUCUCGCAGACGGUGGUACUGCGCCUAAGGCCCAGCACCUCGCACGCUGACAGCAAUAGUGCACUCCCGCCUGCAUUGACUUCAGCGUUGACAAGGAACACAUACGUGGUGGUGGUGCUGGAUGCACAGCAGGUGCCGCAGAUGCUGUCGGCCGCGAUGGCGCGCCGGUGUCCACCGCACGUGAGCGGUGCAGGGCCACUUGGCUGGUACCUCGAUGCCGUUGUUGAAAGCUUGCUGCAAGGGGAGGAAGAGGAGGGCGUUGCAUGUGGGAGUGACACCUUGUCCACGCUGACUGGCGCGGACACGAAGGGGCCAAGCACCAACCAGGCAUGCGCCACCACGCAUACUCGCCCAGUGCGACGCGGCAGCGUUGACGCCGGGGUCGUACACAUGCACAUGAUUGUUGUGCCGAACGCCACGAUUGCAUUGAGCGGACUGAACAGCACGAACAUGAACAUAACAGGCGCCGAGGCCGCUGCUCUCUUCAGCGCUGCCACCGCGUGGUGCGCUGCACGACGAGUGAUGUCGAAGGCCGGCGAUGUGGAGGAGCCCCUAGCCGAUUGCAGCACCAAUGGCGCAGAUGCACGGAGGAGGUCACACGUUGUGCCUGUGGAACUAGGCUUAUGCGCUACCGCUGCCCACGCCCAGCAGGCAACGCAGAUGAUCGCCGCGCUGGGUAACAAGUUGCUCAAGGUGUGGUCCACCUCCGCAGCAGCAGUCGGUUCUACGUCUCUCUGCGACAGCGAGGCAGAACCGACGAGCAUGGUUGGUGCCGCUGACGUACGGUGCGACACACAGCGCAAGGUCAUCCCAAGCGACUUUCAUGCUCUGUACACGAGCAUGCUCACGGAGGUGCUCACUUUCUCGGAGCGCAAGGCGAUAGCGGCGGUGGCUGCUUUCCCUACCAUGUGCCACCUCUUGGAAUACGUAGACGGUAUCGUGGCGUCGGCGCCUGCUGCUCGAGAUGGCAGCGACGGCAAGGGUGGUGUGGUCGCACAGGUGGCAGGUGCAGUGUAUAGCACCAACUAUGACGAACAUCGCUCAUGGAAGGUACUGAAUAGUGACAUCAUAGAGGCCCUGGUGACGGAGUACGAACGUUAG